AAGUUUCUGCGUUGCACACAGACAUGCGCAGUUCAGGUGCCUCAGCUUACUUCACGAUCUUGAGGUUCAACACCACUAAACCUUAUGUUAUGGCGUAAACCUAUCCAUAUACCAAACUUAAAGGGGAAAAACUAAAACUUCAGAUCCGCUAUUUGGGCAAAAUACCUACAACCACUGGUUCAUUGCCGACUGCACGAUUUGCACACGAUUUCGAAAAAACAACUGAUGAUUUGGACAUGGGUACUCCGGAAGUGAUCUGUAGCUAGCUAGUUUGCCGCACGGAGUUGGAACGUUCAAAUUAAAGUGCACCUUCCUGGUUUUGAGAGAUUGUUUCUGUUUUCAGGAACAAAGUUUCAGCUGUAGUUGUCAAUGCCGCAGUAUAAUCCACUGGCGUCUGGCUGUGGUUAGUUUCUGCUAUCCGGCAAGUUAAAAACAACUAAGUGAGAAGAAAUACAUUCCCUGGACAUCACUGCUAUCAGACUCAUACGUGCAAAACAUGGAGCAGAAUAACAGCUUGCCCCCCUUCGGCCAGGGACUGGCGUCUCCUCAGGGUGCGAUGACGCCGGGUAUCCCCAUUUUCAGUCCCAUGAUGCCCUACGGCACAGGGCUGACCCCCCAGCCUGUUCAGAACACCAACAGCCUUUCCCUGCUGGAGGAGCAGCAGCGACAGCAGCAGCAGCAGGCUGCCUCCCAGCAGGGCGGGGUAGCGGGCGUGUCCGGGCAGACCCCCCAGCUCUACCAUUCCCAGACUAUGACCACCACAGCCCUGCCGGGCAACACCCCCCUCUACACUACGCCGCUCACCCCAAUGACCCCCAUCACGCCAGCCACGCCCGCCUCGGAGAGCUCCGGCAUCGUCCCACAGCUUCAGAACAUUGUUUCUACUGUGAACUUGGGCUGCAAACUGGAUUUGAAAACGAUAGCACUACGAGCCAGAAAUGCUGAAUACAAUCCUAAACGUUUUGCUGCUGUCAUCAUGAGGAUCAGAGAACCGAGGACAACUGCCCUUAUCUUCAGCUCUGGAAAAAUGGUGUGCACAGGGGCUAAGAGUGAAGAACAGUCCCGCUUGGCAGCCAGGAAGUAUGCCAGAGUGGUGCAGAAAUUGGGUUUCCCUGCUAAAUUUCUGGAUUUUAAGAUCCAGAACAUGGUGGGCAGCUGUGAUGUGAAGUUCCCCAUUCGGCUGGAGGGCCUAGUGCUCACUCAUCAGCAGUUCAGCAGCUACGAACCAGAAUUGUUUCCAGGGUUAAUCUACAGAAUGAUCAAACCCAGAAUCGUCCUCUUGAUAUUUGUCUCUGGGAAAGUUGUGCUGACAGGUGCUAAGGUCAGGGCAGAAAUCUAUGAAGCAUUUGAAAACAUCUACCCCAUUCUAAAAGGAUUCAGGAAGACAACGUAAUCAGUUUGAUGGUGGACAUUCGUUUUUUUUCCCAUGCGGUGUCAUUGUGGCUGGUGAACUGGGUUUACAUUCUGACCUGUGAGCUGGGGACUCUGAAGCAGUACAGAUGGACCUAAUGUGGAAGUGAACCUCCGUCCACCUGUGUUUCACUUGCAGGGAAAAUAUUUUGCCCACCGCAAUGUUCUCUGAAUUAUUUUUUUUCCGCCAUGCUCUUAGAACAGAACACCUCAGAAACUGUUUUAUUGGAUGAAAACUUAUCCUCAGAAGAAUUUUUUUCCCCAUCAAGGCAACUUAGGAUGUGUUGGAUUUCAUUUCAUUCCUUGUAUUUAACGGUUUUCUUUUGAAUAGAAGAUGAUUUUAUUUGCAUGUUAAUUAUGUGUACACGUGGAAAGAAUUUCACACAGAUGAACUUAGCCUAGGAAGUCUGGUUAAGGUACAGUUCAAGGUGAACAGUGCAGUCUGUAGAUUCUCUGGUGUAAGACUAUCAACACUUAAGUUUUAUUAUCCAGUAGAGUACUGGAGUACUCAAGGUAAGUAAAACUCAGACAAAUGAUUUUGCAAAGUUUGUUUGCUUGAUAGUGGAAUCAUACAAUGGAAGUAGUAAAUAAAUUUAUUCAACUUUUUUAAAUUAGAUCUUUUUUUAGUUUAAGCGGAUUUUUAUGUAAUUUUUGAUUGGAAUCAUUGGCUUGUUCUAGAAUUUUCAAAGCUUUUUUAGUUUUACGAUACACUGUUCCCAUCAGCCAUCCUCUGUAAACCUUUUAUUUCAGCCAUUUUAAUUGAAAAUGAGGCUGUGUGACUGUUGCAUUCUUCCUACUACAUUAAUGUAAUUAACACCAGAAUGUCAUUAUAUGCAUAUACUUUCUGUACACUUUAAACACACAAACUGAUGGGAUAUUUUACUUUUUUUUUUUUUGCAUUUUAAAGUUUUUCAAAGGUUAGUGUAAUUGAAUAUUUGUGUUCCAUAGUGACAGGCCCCAGGUGUAAGAGAAGACUUUCAGACGACAACCAUGUUAUGUACACUGAUUUAUUUUUCCAGUGCUUUUCGUAUGACAUUCAUUGUAAACUGGCAACUGUAUCAAACAAGAUAAUAAAUUUUUUUAUUUGAGUAAAAGG